GUUCACUUCCUCAUUGUGGGUACCUCAUGUGACAAGUUCCAAUUUCUUUUUAAAGUCAAUUGAACUGAAAUCUCCUUGCCUUUGAAAUCUUAGAAGAGAGCCCACCAAGUUAAGGACCCUUACCAUGGGAGCACCUGCUGGUUCUGUCACAGUGAAACAGCUGGUUUGUGUGCUCUUCAUGUGCUCCUCUGCAGUGGCGCAAUUGCAUCAAGAUCCCACCUUGGAUCACCACUGGAAUCUCUGGAAGAAAACCUAUGGCAAACAAUAUAAAGAAAAGAAUGAAGAAGCAGUACGACGUCUCAUCUGGGAAAAGAAUCUAAAGUUUGUGAUGCUUCACAACCUGGAGCAUUCAAUGGGAAUGCACUCAUAUGAUCUGGGCAUGAACCACCUGGGAGACAUGACCAGUGAAGAAGUGAUGUCUUUGAUGAGUUCCCUGAGAGUUCCCAGCCAGUGGCAGAGAAAUAUCACAUAUAAGUCAAACCCUAAUCAGAUGUUGCCUGAUUCUGUGGACUGGAGAGAAAAGGGGUGUGUUACCGAAGUGAAAUAUCAAGGUUCUUGUGGUUCUUGCUGGGCUUUCAGUGCUGUGGGGGCCCUGGAGGCACAGCUGAAGCUGAAAACAGGAAAGCUGGUGUCUCUCAGUGCCCAGAACCUGGUGGAUUGCUCUGAAAAAUAUGGAAACAAAGGCUGCAAUGGUGGCUUCAUGACAGAGGCUUUCCAGUACAUCAUUGAUAACAAAGGCAUCGACUCAGAAGCUUCCUAUCCCUACAAAGCCACGGAUCAGAAAUGUCAAUAUGACUCAAAAUAUCGUGCUGCCACGUGUUCAAAGUACACUGAACUUCCUUAUGGCAGAGAAGAUGUCCUGAAAGAAGCUGUGGCCAAUAAAGGCCCAGUGUGUGUUGGUGUAGAUGCAAGUCAUCCUUCUUUCUUCCUCUACAGAAGUGGUGUCUACUAUGACCCAGCCUGUACUCAGAAAGUGAAUCAUGGUGUACUUGUGAUUGGCUAUGGUGACCUUAAUGGGAAAGAAUACUGGCUUGUGAAAAACAGAACCUAGGCUUUAGAAAGACUUUGUCUCUGUAAUCCUAAUGCCUAGGAAAGUGUCUGGCACAGCCUAAGAAACCCUGGACUUCAGCCUAUUACAAAGGAAACCGGCAUCGAUUUUAGAAGUCUAAUAAGUUAGUAGCCUUAUGAUAUACAAGGAGAAGGUAGGAUGACCAACUUUUCCACUUUGCUAAGGGCUAUUUGAUGAGGCUUUCUGGGACAUAGGACUUUCUUUUUAAAACCAGGACAGUCCAAGGCAAACUGGGACUGGUGGUCACCCUAGAAGAAGGCCAUAUAUAUAUAUAUAUAUAUAUAUAUAUAUAUACACACACAUACACACACAUAUAUAUAUAUAUAUACACAUAUAUAUAUGUGUGUGUAUGUGUGUAUGUGUAUAUAUAUAUAUAUAUGUUUUAAAGUAGACAUACUCUACUUGAGUUCAAUCAGAUGGACUCAUACCUGGAUAAUGAUAAAAAUAGCUACCUUCACUUAGUAAGCAUUGGCUAUGUACCAAAUAUUGUGCAAGUACUUUAAAUACAUUUUCUCAUUUAAUUUUUAAAGUAAUCCUAUGAGAGACAUUUAAUUAACAAACUUACCCAAAUUUGAACAGUUUGAUGAAAGAGUUAUAAAAUCAAUAAAAAUAUACAACUUGGUAAGUACUGAAAUUAACAUUUGGAACAGACCUUGUAUAGUUCUGAAGGCAAGAAUUUGUCCUCACAUAUUUUAUUUAGCUUAAGAUUUUUUAUCAGUUUCAUGAUUUAAGUGAAGUUAGCAGGACUCAGUCAAAAAGAGGUCUGAGAUCUUAUGCAAAAUUAGGGGCAGCUGAUCUUGAUCUGUAAAACUGAGAAAAGUAAGUUGUUCAGAUGUUGAAUGGGGUCUCGGAUUCCUUGGUCUCACUGAAUUCAUACUGCUAGUAACUAGACCCUCAAUUCAAUUUUCAUACUAGAACUCAGGUCCAAACUCAUUUCAUCUAAAAUUAUUUAUUUUAUCUAUUAUUUAAGGCAGUGACCAUAGUAAGAUGUAAAUUACAUGACAUCCUGGACGUUCUGAUCUGAAUUUCAUUCCCCAUAUGACUUCACUCACAGAGAUUACUACAGGGAUAGACAGAGUAUAAAAGUUAGAGUGGGCUUUGGAAUAAAAUAAUCUUAGAUUUGAACUCUGUCUUCACAGUUUACCAUCUAUGUGACAUUUGGCAAGCUACUUUGCCACUCUGACCUUCUGUUUUUUUCUUUAGAAAAGAAAAUAAUACUAACCUCACAGAAUGAUGAUUAAAUUAGAUAAUUUAUGUGAAUCUGUUUGGCACAGAGUAAGUGCUAAAUAAAUGGUAGCUAUUAAUAAUAGCCUGGCCACACAAUUAUUAUGGCUUUUGUUAUCAAACUAGGUAUUAAAAGAACAUUGCUACAGCCUGGGCAACAUAGUGAGACCUCUUCUCUACUAAAAAUAAAAUAUUAGCUGAGCAUGGUAGUAUGCACCUGUGGUCCUAGCUACUUGGAAGGCUGAGGCAGGAGGAUUGCUUAAGCUCAGGAGGUCGUAGCUGCAGCCACACUCCAGCCUGGGCAACACAGUGGGACUCUGUCAAAAAAAAAGAAAACAGUGCAGCCAUUGAUUUAUUAGAGGUGAUGAUGGAGUUUGAAUUUUAUUGUAAAGGUAUGGAGAGCCAUUGAAUAUUUCUAAGCAGUGGAGUGGCAACUAAGUGAAAGGAAGCAGAGAAAGGAGCUCAUGAAAAUGUUUGAGAAGGAGUGACCAGAGACAGAUGAGAAAAUCAGAACAUAGUAGUGUCUUAAGGCCAACAGACCAGUGAGGUGGGAGUAGACAACUGUGUUAAAUGAUACAGAGAGAUAAAAAUAGGACCUGCAAAUUGUCCAAUGAGGGCUGAUAUAUAGAAUAUGAAAGGCCUCUUAAAGCACAGUGCUUUUAAAUGGUAUCAUUUGUCUGCCAGCAAUAAACCAGCAUUUCUUAGGUUCUCCACUGCAUGCAAAAACACAACCUUUGAGUCCCUGAGCCAAAAUUUGUAACAGCUCCCCUUUGCCUAUGUAAUUGAAGUACAUGUUCCUCCACCUGCAGUUCUAAGCUGUUCACAGGAUGGCCCCAAACCAGCUUUCUGUCCUCUUUUUCCACUAUUACACUAAAGAUAUCCGGUUUUCCUUUCAACCACAUUUCUUACACUCCAGGCACACUAGGCAUUUUCUCAAUUUCAUGCUUUUAUUUGUAUCCUAGAGCACUUAAUGAAUUCUGCCUUGUAUAAUAUUUACAUAUCUACCACUAUAAAACUUCAGAAUCAUAAAGAGCUUUAGAAAUCAUUCCUCUUAAAAGGAUUUUGUCAGUUUUUUCAUCAGUCUUGGUAAAGUAUGAAAAAUAAAAAUAUUUUGGUGACUUUUUCAUAAAUCUGAAUUUACUCAAAAGACUAUUCUUAAAAUAGAGAUUAUAUCUUUGGAUUUUUUGCUUUCUGUUAAAAUGUCUUUUCUUGUACAACACGAUGGUGAUAGUAAGUAGUAUGAUUUUUCUUUAUUUUCUUUUUUUGAGACAGAGUCUCACUCUGUUGCCCAGGCUGAAAUGCAGAGGCACAAUGUCAGUUUAAUGCAACCUCCACCUCGCCUCCUGGGU